AAGAAUAAUUCUGAAAAAGAAUCCAUAUUUUCUGUGUUCGGCAGACGUUCUGCGUUUCAAAUGAAUCUGGAAAGAAUGAGAGGACCGCUUUAGCUUUCUCGUUCACACUGUGGCAAAACAUCAAAGCCUAUGAGGACAACGUUUACUGCUUUAGACGGCGAUUGUAUUCUAGUUGCGUACUUAUAUAGUUCUAUCUGUUCAUUUUAGUGUUGGUAAAAUAAGAAGAAAGGGAAAUUUCUCGGGCCCUUUCGUUCUUUUAUUUAUUUAUUUCCAUUUUUAAAAAAAGGCUGCAGUCAAGCUAUCAAAACACUGGUACGCGAUCAUUUUCAUCUAAUUUUUUUGGUGACUGUUAAAAAUAAAUUUUAAAAAUAUAUACAGAUACUGUAUAUAAAUAUAUUUUAAAACAUGGCUCGUCCCCGGCCUCGGGAGUACAAAGCCGGAGAUCUGGUUUUUGCUAAAAUGAAAGGAUACCCACACUGGCCAGCGAGGAUCGAUGAACUACCGGAAGGUGCUGUAAAGCCACCUGCAAAUAAAUACCCCAUUUUCUUCUUUGGGACUCAUGAAACUGCAUUUCUCAGUCCAAAGGAUCUUUUUCCAUACAAGGAGUACAAAGACAAGUUCGGAAAGUCAAAUAAGAGGAAAGGAUUUAACGAAGGCCUGUGGGAAAUCGAGAACAAUCCUGGGGUCAAGUUUACUGGUUAUCAGGCCAUACAGCAACAGAGCUCCUCGGAGACUGAAGGGGAAGGUGGGAACACCGCUGACGCCAGCAGUGAGGGGGAGGAGGGCGACUCGAUAGAGGAGGAUGGGAAGGGCAAGAGGAAGGGCGACAAGGCUGGCUCCAAACGGAAAAAGACAGCAUCUUCCAAGAAGUCUUCUAAGCUGUCGAGGAAGUCUUCGGGGGAAGAGGAUGUGGAUAAAGACAGUAAGGAGGAUGAACACAAGAGCAGUUCAGAGGCUGGAGACCCCGACAAUGACACACGAAAUGCUUCAGAAAGCAAGAAAGCCGGCGAAGGGGUAAAUUCUCGGCACAUUUAAGUUUGGUUUUGAAACCUAAUAACUCAGCGAAGAACGCUAAAUGUUGAGGAAACCCCUUAAGGGAGUCGUUAAUUGUGGCUGUCAAGUGUUAUUGGAGUUGUGAAAUUAUCAUUGCUUUUCCAUUGUCGACAAUAGAACCGGCUCGCCCAUUAGUAAAAGCUACCUACUUUCAUUGCAGUAUGUCAAAAGGAUCGAAUGGUCUUUUUCACAUUCAAACUAAAACCUCUUCCAAGUUCACUCUUCUGUACCAUUACAGUUCCUUAGACUGUGUUAGCAUGUGAUCACAGCUAACAAGGAUGUUGUUUUCUUCUAAAAAGAAAAUUUGUAAAAGACUUUCAGAAACACACACAAUCCGUAUAGUCUGUAUUGCUAUGUUCAGAUCAUUUACUUGUAUAGUAUUAAAAAAACUGCAUUCUGAGACAAAAUAGAAAAUGGACUAUCCUCAAGAACAUUGUCUGUAAAACUCUUUCACUGCAUUAUACAUUCAUUUGUAAAACAGAAUGAAGUAAAUUGUAGGAUCAGUAUAGAAAGCAUUGUGCACAAAAUUCAGAUAACCAUUUCAAUAUUAUGAUUGUUGUUGAUUCCUUAGAAUAUAGGAGCUUCUGUUCUAUGUAAACAGCAGUUCUCUUGCUUUUAUAAGGAAAAGUUAAAUCUGAAUUUUCUGUACAUCUGUGGAAGGUUGUUUUUUUUUUCAACUUUAAGAAAUGUACCAUUUUUGAGACAAACUCUUGGGUCUACUUAAAGCGAUCUCAUAUUUGUUUCAGGUCCAUUAUUCAUUGUCUGCUGUUUUUAGGCACACAGGCUGUCUGAAAAUUAGUUUUCUCCAUUAUUUCAUUAUUUUUUCUUUAUACCCUACACUUGGAGAACAAGCUCACAGUGGGCAUCUGGACAACAAGCAGAAAUUCUGCAUUUCCCUCAACACAUUUACAGCAUUUCCGUAUCCAGAAGCAUUCCAUUAACAUUUUCUAAGUUACUUUUGCUUUGCUAUUUUUGUCAAUAGAAAGGAUAUAUUCUAUUUAUUUUUUGAUGCUAUUAAGAUGUGGGGAGAAGCUAUCUCACUCUUUACGAUUUUUUUGUUUUAAUCUUUGUUAUGCUUGUAAUUGGAGAUUGUUUUACAUAUUCAAGGUUUGUAGUUAAGUGUAAAAAUGGUUUUUGCUGUUUAUGGAAAAGAAUUUUACAGAAUAAAAUAAUUGGAAUGCAAA